AUGAUAAGAGAGGUAAUAUCUCUCCUAGACCGGAGAUUAGAGGAUUGCUUCCUGCAUUGUGAUGAUUCCAAACUUGAAUUCCUCAGACUCGGAUUGCUUAAUGAUGAUCAUGAGGAUGCCUUCAUCGGUGUAAACCUUGGUACAGACCUCUCUGACAUGCCAAGCCCAACUCAGGUGGUUGCACUUCUUAAAGCUCAAAAUAUUCGACAUAUCAGGCUCUAUGAUGCAGACAGAGCCAUGCUCCUCGCUCUUGCAAACACAGGCAUCCAAGUGACUGUUUCUGUUCCCAAUGAUCAGCUCCUUGGGAUUGGUCAGUCCAAUGCCACUGCUGCCAACUGGAUUGCUCGCAAUGUGAUAGCCCAUGUCCCUGCCACCAACAUCACUUCUAUAGCUGUUGGAUCUGAAGUCCUAAGUGCCCUCCCAAAUGCUGCUCCAGUCCUAGUUUCUGCCCUAAAAUUCAUUCACUCUGCACUUGUCGCGUCUAACCUUGACCGCCAAAUUAAAGUCUCUACUCCACACUCUUCAGCCAUUAUUCUUGACUCCUUUCCACCGUCCCAAGCCUUCUUCAAUCGCUCAUGGGACCCUGUCAUGGUUCCCCUGCUCAAGUUUUUGCAGUCUACAGAUUCAUAUCUCAUGCUCAAUGUCUACCCAUAUUAUGAUUACAUGCAAUCAAACGGUGUAAUCCCCUUGGACUAUGCACUUUUCCGCCCUCUCCCUCCAAACAAGGAAGCUGUGGAUGCUAAUACACUACUGCAUUAUACUAAUGUCUUUGAUGCAAUUGUUGAUGCAGCGUAUUUUGCAAUGUCCUAUCUAAACUUCACUAAACUCCCCAUUGUAGUGACCGAGUCAGGUUGGCCCUCCAAGGGUGACUCAUCAGAGCCAGAUGCCACACUUGAUAAUGCCAACACUUACAAUAGUAACUUAAUUAAGCAUGUGCUUAACAACACAGGGACUCCUAAGCAUCCUGGGAUUGUUGUUAGUACUUACAUUUAUGAACUCUACAAUGAGGAUUUGAGACCUGGAUCAGUCUCUGAAAAGAAUUGGGGACUUUUUAAUGCAAAUGGAGUGCCAGUUUAUACCUUGCACUUAACAGGUGCUGGAACUGUGUUGGCAAAUGACACGACAAAUCAAACCUUUUGUGUUGCGAAGGAGGGUGCUGACCAAAAGAUGCUACAGGCAGCCUUGGACUGGGCUUGUGGACCGGGGAAAGUUGAUUGCUCACCUUUGCUCCAGGGGCAACCAUGUUAUGAGCCAGAUAAUGUGCUUACACACGCAACAUAUGCUGUCAAUGCCUAUUUUCAGCGGAUGGCUAAGUCUCCUGGGACUUGUGAUUUCAAAGGGGUGGCUACGGUUACUACCACAGACCCAAGUCAUGGCACUUGUAUAUUUCCAGGAAGUGGUGGAAGAAACAGCAGUUUCAUAAAUGGCACAUCACUGGCUCCAUCUUCAAAUUCCACAACUUCUGGGUGUCUUUCACUAUUUUUCUACAGUGGCGGUUCCUUCACAAGCUCUGUGAUCAUUGGUCUCUUAGUUUUGAGUGCAGUUUUCUUGUAG